GACUUCUUAUUUUAUUAUUCACUUAUUCACGUCCUGCGCCGUGUCAAAGAACGAAACAACGAAGCAAAACCUUUCCAGUGUCUACCUGCAGAUAAUAACUUUGAAAUCAUCGCGUCUCUAUUGGGUGAAAAGGACCACCUACAUGAGCGACGUUCCUCGGCAAUUUAGUGCUGCACUGGGGCGAAGACGAGCGCAAAAGAGUAUCGAUUUGGAAGCACCGAGUCAACAGCACAAGUGAGUGUGGCCUGUGGUAUCACUUGUUUUUUUGACCGUCAAGUCUCAUCGACCAGUGGGCAAUGUCUACUCUCGCAGACGAGCUCCUCCAGGACUUCGAGGACUCGGGGUCCGAAAAUGGCGACGAGCAGAAUGAUCUUGGUCUCAACGCCGAAGGCCCAGAUGUAGGACCACCCAAACACGAUGCCAGUCACGAAGAUGGCGAUAUGAUACUCGAUGGUGAUGAGGAAGAGGAGCCUGAGGAGGAUGAGGAGAUGGGCGGUAUGAACACCACCUCAAUCGACCCCAUGGAGGACGAAGAAGAAGCCAAGGCCAAGAUCGAAAAGAUGCAGUUGGGCGGUGUUAAGGACAUUCGCAAAGUCACCACCGUUAUGGACAGGUUGGAGCCGCUACUCAAGGAUAUCGAACGCUACCACUCGCAACCCCUUGCGCCUCAUAUGAACAACAUCGGAAACAUAGAGGACAAUCCUGAGUACAAAAUUCUCACCGAAUCUAACACUCUCUCCACCCAGAUCGAUGGUGAGAUCAUGAAGGUGCACAAGUUCAUUCGAGAUCAUUAUUCGGCUCGCUUUCCGGAGCUCGAGGUCUUGAUUCAGAACCCCAUUGAUUACAGCAAGGUUGUAGCAAUUCUCGGCAAUGGACCCAUGGACUCUGAUAGCAUCAAGUCGCUGCAGAACUCAACGGAUAAUGCCUUGGGCGAGUCCCUGAAAUCAGUCAUUGACGGCCCAUCCUUGAUGGUCGUCACAGUCGAAGCAACGACGACAAAAGGUCAAGAGCUAAGUCAGGAAGAGCUGGACCGUAUAUUGCGCGCGUGUCUCAUGGUUGUGAAGAUGGAUCGGGCCAAGAAGACGCUCACGGAAUACGUUCAAUCCCGAAUGAACGUCUUCGCUCCAAAUUUGACAACUAUUGUGGGAUCACUCACGGCAGCUCAGCUGAUCAACUAUGCUGGUGGAUUAACCCCUCUAUCCAGAACGCCGGCUUGUAACAUUUCGGCUUGGGGCUCGAAGAAACAGGCCAAUUCGGCCAUGGCGACCAACACCUCCAUCCGCCAACAAGGAUACCUCUACCACUCGCCCCUUAUCCGUGGCAUCCCAACUGACUUGAAGAAAAAGGCCAUGAAAAUCGUAGCAGCAAAGCUUGUUCUAGCUGCCCGAGCAGAUACGGGCCACAUGAGCCCGGAUGGAUCCUACGGUGAAGAGAUCCGAAGUCAAUGUCUCCAACGGCUCGACAAGAUCACUGAGCCUCCUCCAAACAAGGGACAACGGGCACUCCCUGCCCCCGAUGACAAACCGUCCCGAAAACGAGGUGGCCGGCGAGCUCGCAAAGCUAAGGAGGCAACCGCGAUGACGGACAUGAGAAAGGCUCAGAAUCGCAUGGCCUUUGGAAAAGAGGAGAAGGAGGUAGGUUAUGGUACGGGCGAAUCAACUGCUGGAAUGGGCAUGAUUGGACAGGGCAACGAUGGUCGAAUCCGCAAUAUUCAAAUCGAUAACCGGACACGUGCCAAGCUCGGUCAGAAGCACAAGGGAUGGGGAGGAGGUACUACCAUGGGCGGCGCAGCUUCAUCAUUGCGAGGGUUCGGUCAAUCGGCCUCCAAUAUUGAUCUUCGCGGCAAAGGUAUCCGGACGUCUGGGGUAGGCUCAACUAUCGGCGGAGGCGCAGGCGCAGGGACGGCGUCGUCCUUGGCCUUCACGCCCGUUCAGGGUCUCGAACUCGUCGACCCAAAGGUACAGGCCGAACUCAAUCGCAAACGCAAAGCCGAGGAAGACCGAUGGUUCAAGGGAGGCACGUUCACUCAAGUUAGCGGGUCGAGCAACGGCUCGGGUCAACCUCCCACGAAAAGGGUCGAUACUGGCGCUAAGAUGGCACCCCCUCCAUUGCCUGCCACGCGAUAAGGGUUCCUGUACGAAGGCAAUACGGACCAAAGGGACCAAGGUUUUCUACGCCAACAGGGGACUGUAGCGUACCCAGUAUUGGCAUUUUAGGGACCUUGGCUCGAAGGAAGCAUUUUCGAUGAAAAAUCUUAUCGCAUCAUUAUGCACGAAUGGUAAGCUACGUUUAGCUAUGUCCGCGUUAUGGGGAAGUCCAUCCGGCGUUAUCGGUAUGUGGGCUACAUGCAAGCAUAAUGCAAAGUGCCUGCAGUAUCUUCGCAACAGCAUGCCAUUUGUUCGGAGGCCGCGGCAGCACGGAGCUCAACGAGUGCCAACCUAAAAAAUCGAAUGUUGUCUUAUCGCAUAUUGGUAUUUUAUUGUAGAUAGAAUCAAAAUACAUAUUCUGGUGAUACCUUCGAGCAAUCACCAUCGC